CUCGCUUCCACAACCAUGGCCGCUCGCACCAAAGCUGCCCGCAAGCCAACAAGAAAGUCUGCACCCAGGACAAAGAGAACGAAGGAAUCGGACUCCGACCACUCGGAAUUAGGCGAGGAAUCCGAGUCGGAAUACGACAGUGACGCGCUCGACGAGGAGCCGGUCGAAACCAAGAAGCGCAAGCGGAAACCCGCCGCCGCGGCCGGCGCAGACGGAUCUCCAUCCAAAUCCAAGGCCAAACGCUCCCCAAGGAAGAGAAAGCGAGUUCAGGCGGACGACGAUGAGUCGGAGUUUGAGAAUGACGACGGGCUCGAGGUCGUCGGGAAGGUUGUCCAGGCGCCCAAGACGGGACUAGUUCCUGCUGGCCAGAUAUCGCAAAACACCCUGGAUUUCCUUACGCAACUGAAGAAUCCAGAGUGUAACGAUCGCGAAUGGUUCAAAUUGCACGAUCCCGUCUAUCGGCAGGCGGAGAAGGAGUGGAAAGACUUUGUCGAAGCUUUUACUGAUCGGCUAGUUGAAGUGGACGAUCAGAUACCGCCGCUUCCACCGAAGGAUACACGCUUCAGCAACGACAAAACGCCAUACAAGCAAAACUUUUCCGCGAGCUUCUCGCGAAGCGGCCGGAAGGGAAUCUUUGCGUUCUAUCAUGUCAUGAUCAAACCGGGAGACCAGAGCAUGAUCGCAGGGGGCGCCUGGUGUCCCGCCAAAGCUGAGCUUGACAUGAUGCGAACGAACAUCAAACGCGACUCUAGUCGGCUGCGCGACAUCAUCGAAGACGCCACCUUUGUUAAGUACUUCGGAGAGCCCAAACCGGGGGCCAGGAGGAAUAUCUUUGGGCGCGAAGAUGAGUUGAAGGUGGCGCCCAAAGGCGUUCCGAAGGACCAUUCGGACAUCGACCUGCUGAAAUGCCGUUCAUUCGCGGUCUCGCACCAAUUCACGGACCAGCAAGUAACAGCUGCUGACUUCAAAGAAACCCUGUCUGGGGUGGCCGAGGUGCUGCUCUCCUUUGUGCAUUGUUUGAACGACAUGAUGACCGUGAAUGAAGCGGAGGAGGCAUCGAGCGAAUGAGAAGAGAUUUCGGACAGGAAAUUACAGAGGACGAGCGGAGGCUCCAUCUAUUUCGGGCCUCCCAACUCCUUUGGUGGUACUUCUCUUUCAGUAUUUGGGGUUUUCUCUCUCGUUUCGAGUGCAAGUGGUGUGAUGUGUGUAUUGUGGGACAGUCUGGGCUCCUGUGUCUGCGCGUUGUUCCUUGGGGGACUCAUUUUGUGUGGUUAUAAUGUAAUAUAUGUAUAAUAUAUUGGGUGAUUUCCCCCUGCUCAUCGAGUCUAAAGUGCUAUGGCUUUCUCUCUCCCCUCUUUUAGAGGGUGCCUUUGAUUCAGCCAGCGCUCUCGCUGAGUGCCCCGCUGCUGGCGGCAGCGCGGGGGCUUCAGCUUUGUUACUUUUCACUUUUUUCAAAGGGAGAUG